AUGGUGUACAUCACAACUGAUGGAAACCUCGUUGUGUGCACUGUAGCCGAUAGUGACAGGAGGCUGUGGGAGCGCUCGGUCGGACCGGGAGGACGCAGCAUCAUGAAGUUGACGGUCCUCCUCCUCCUCCUCCUCCUCUGCCCGCUGUCCCUCGCCGACAUCCCCGCUCCGAAUGAGUUUGUGUCCUUGGCGGAGAUGGAGGACGCCCUGCUGAGGAACCUUUUCCAAGGCUACCAGCGCUGGGUCAGGCCCAUCCAGCACGCCAACGACACUGUCAGGGUGCGCUUUGGACUCAAGAUCUCCCAGCUGGUUGAUGUGGAUGAGAAGAACCAGCUAAUGACAACUAACGUUUGGCUGUGGCAGGAGUGGAUCGAUUACAAGCUGCGAUGGAAUCCAGACAAAUACGGAGGUAUCACCUCCAUCAGAGUCCCCUCUGAAAAUAUUUGGCUCCCAGACAUCGUCCUCUAUGAGAAUGCUGAUGGCCGGUUCGAGGGCUCCCUGAUGACCAAAGCCAUUGUCAAGUACAACGGUGUCAUCACCUGGACGCCACCUGCCAGUUACAAAUCCGCCUGCACUAUGGACGUCACUUUCUUCCCUUUCGACCGCCAGAACUGCACAAUGAAGUUUGGCUCCUGGACAUAUGAUGGACACAUGGUGGACCUGGUCCUGAUAAACAACCAGGUAGAUCGGAAGGACUUCUUUGACAAUGGGGAGUGGCAGAUCCUAAGUGCCACUGGAGCCAGAGGGAAUAGGAAGGACGACAUGUAUUCGUACCCCUUCCUCACGUAUUCCUUCAUUCUGAAGAGACUGCCGUUGUUCUACACACUCUUUCUCAUCUUCCCGUGUUUGGGUUUGUCCUUUCUGACUGUCCUAGUGUUUUACCUUCCCUCAGAUGAAGGAGAGAAGCUGUCACUCUCCACCUCUGUGCUCGUGUCGCUCACUGUGUUCCUCCUGGUCAUAGAAGAAAUAAUUCCCUCCUCCUCCAAGGUGAUCCCACUCAUUGGAGAGUACUUGCUGUUCAUCAUGAUCUUUGUCACACUCUCAAUCAUCGUCACCGUCUUUGUCAUCAACGUGCACCACCGAUCCUCAGCCACCUACAACCCCAUGUCGCCUUGGGUUCGCACUCUCUUUCUUCAGAAGCUGCCGAGGUUGCUCUGCAUGCGUGGACACACCGACCGCUACCACUACCCAGAGCUGGCUCCUGAAAGCCCAGAGGUGAAGCCCCGCUCUGGAGGUCGGAAAGGAGGCCAGAGGGCAAACAGCGGAGCCCACGGACAAACAACUUCUGAGGGGAAGGAGGACGAGGCCUGGGCGACCAUGUUGGACAAGGCUGUCUACUCAGUGCGCUACAUCAGCAGACAUAUCCGCAAGGAGCACUUCAUCCGCGAGGUGGUACAAGACUGGAAGUUUGUGGCCCAGGUGUUGGACAGGAUCUUCCUGUGGGCGUUUCUCACCGUCUCAGUACUGGGCACUGUCCUCAUCUUCACUCCGGCUCUGUACAUGUUUUUGAAAAUCCCUCCUCCAAUUGCAAGUGAGGAUCCACCUUCAAACUAG